AUGGCAGAAAACAGAUCUAGCAAGGGACGCAAGAAGAUCGAAAUGAAGAAGAUCCGCAAUGAAGAAUAUCUUCAAGUCACAUUCUCUAAGCGUAGAGCUGGGCUUUUCAAGAAGGCCAACGAGCUCUACAGCUUAUGUGGUGCAGAGAUUGCCAUCCUUCUUUCCUCCCCAGCGGGCACUGUUUUUUCUUUUGGACACCCUUCUGUUGAGACUGUUAUAGACAGAUUCGUCAACAGAGGCACACCACAGGAACCAAGUGUCCUUCCAAGUAUUAAUCAUGAAGCCAAUGUACCAGAGCUUACUAGACGAUAUACGGAUAUCGUCACCCAAUUAGAGGACGGAGAGAUGAAGGGUAAGGAACUGAAAGCACCAGUACUAAAUGCUAACAAUGGUGAUUUAUGGUGGGAAGACCCCUUGGACACCCUUGACUUGGAGGAUCUGCAACACUUGAAAUUCGCGGUGGGCUACAUGAAGGAAAGCCUACUCAUGAACACUAGGACCACUGUGAACAAUGCUGUUAUUGCUCCUCAUGGUUUUGGGUUUGGAUUCCAUAAUGGGCUUGGAAGCUAA